AUGGAGAUAAAGGUAUGCGAGGAACUGCAGGCUGCCAGUGAGGCUGGGGACUGGCUGGCCUUCGUUGCUUUGCGCUGGAUGUUCGGCGACUGUUGCACUGCAUGCUGCCUCGAAUUCACGUUGGCAUACGUUCAGAAGGGUUUGCCGGAAGUCUAUUCGCUUCGCCUUGGCAGUCGCAGUGACGGCGCCGGGGGGCUUAAAGACCCAGAUCCUCUCCACUCUUGUGAGCGCACGACUCCGCGCUCUGGCAGUCAUUCCGGACCGCAGGCAACUGGCCGCCGCAUGGCGGACGCGGCGGAGCGGGAGGUCCGGACAUGGGUGCAGGACCAGCUCCACCGCUUACUGGGCUUCGCCGACGCCAACGUAGCCGCUUUCCUUAUCUCCAUCGCCCGCAAACACACCAGCGCCGACUCCCUCUUCACCGACCUCAAGCGCUCAUGCAACCUCCCUAACACUUCCGAUGUCCAGUCCUUUGCUGCGGAGCUGCUCCGCCGGGCGCCACGCCGCGGUGGCGGCAGUGCCGCUGCCAUCGCUGCCCAUCAGCAGCAGCAGCGCCAGGCUCGGGAACUUGCCCGUAAAAGCGCAACUUACGGUCUUUUAGAAGGGGACGACGAGGGGGAAGAGCAGGCGAACGAGGUGAAGGGCGCUCCCGCAGUGAAGGGUCCUGCGGGGCGGGGUGGGGGGGCCGCUGGCCCGGGCCCGGGCUCUGCUGGCGGCAGUGGCGGCGGCGGCAGUGGUGCCGGUAGACAGGCACCGAGCAGUCAGCAGCAGCCGGAGCCGCAGCGGAGAGAGGAUACCGAGUCCGGGAGGAAGAGCGGUGCAGGGCCCGUGGAUGGAGGUGGAGGUGCAGGUGGAGGUGGGAAGCACUUGAGGUCCCGCCGUGUGCAGUUCGCAGACGGGCGAGGUGGUGGAGGUGACGAGGAGGAGGAAGACGACACGCAGGUGCGUACGGCAAAGCGGGCGAAACGCAAGUGGGAGCUGGAGGAGGAGGAGGACGAGCGUCAGGAGGACGAGGAGCAGCGCCAGGAGCGGCUAAAGGAGGCGGCGCGGCUCCGAGACCAGGCUGAGAAGGCGGAGUUCGAGGAGCGCCUGCGCGCCAAGGAUGAUGCCAAGACGAAGAAGCUGGCGGAGCGGGAGCCCAAGAUGACUAGGGAGGAGGCGAGGAGGGAUGACAUGAGGAAGAGAUACGAGGCGGCUCAGGAGGACGACCGCGACGCGCUGAUCCCCACCCUGCGUGAGGUUUCCCGUCAGGAGUACCUGAGGAAACGCGAGGACAAGAAGAUACAGGAGCUUGAGGACGAGCUGGAGGAUGCCAAGUACUUGUUUGCGGGUGUGCCGCUGACUCAGCGGGAGUUGGACGAUCUGAAGUACAAGGAGGAGGUGUUGCGACUGGCCAAGGAAAAGCAGCGACUCAUGAACCAGGCGGCGGAGGACGGCUACCGGAUGCCCGACUCGUUCGACGCCCCGGAGCGGUACGCGUCGAGGUAUGACGUGGCCAAAAUGCGGUACUCCGAGCCGGAGGGGGCGGCGGCCCGUGCUAACCCACACGCGGAACAGGAAGCCUGGGAGGCGGAGCAGAUCAAGAAAACACACGUCAGCAAGUUUUGCGCACUAGGCCCGCUCACAUCUCCGCUCACUCACCGACCCGCCUCGCUCUACGACUAUGUGUUUGAGGACACGAUGGCGUUUGUGAAGGCCGAUAUGCUGGCGGGCAACAUCGAGGAGCUGUUCGAGACACCGGAGCAGCGGAAGAAGAAAGAGGCGGAGGCGAGAGCCGCGGCUGCCCGUUCGGAGCGUGAGAAGAUCGCCGCGGGUCGGGCCCAGCUGCCCGUGUACCCCUACCGGGAUCAGCUGCUCAAGGCGAUCCUGAUCAUCGUGGCGGAGACGGGUGCGGGUAAGACCACCCAGGUGCCCCAGUACUUGCACGAGGCAGGCUACUCGGCGGCUGGCAAGAUUGGGUGCACGCAGCCCCGGAGGGUGGCGGCGAUGAGCGUGGCGGCCCGAGUGGCGCACGAGAUGGGGGUCAAGCUGGGCAAUGAGGUGGGUUACUCCAUUCGCUUUGAGGACUGCACCAGUGAUAAGACCAUUCUCAAGUACAUGACGGACGGCAUGUUGCUGCGCGAGUUCCUGUCAGAACCCGACCUGGCGUCGUACAGUGUGAUGAUGAUCGACGAGGCCCACGAGCGCACCCUGCACACUGAUGUGCUGUUCGGACUGGUCAAGGACAUUGCCCGCUUCAGGUGGAUGAAUAGCGCCCACUUGGUGUCAUUCGUUGUAAAUUGGGUGAUGAUGGUGGUGGUGAUGGUGAUGGUGAUGGUGAUGGUGAUGGUGAUGGUGAUGGUGAUGGUGAUGGUGAUGGUGAUGGUGAUGGUGAUGGUGAUGGUGAUGGUGAUGGUGAUGGUGAUGGUGAUGGUGAUGGUGAUGGUGAUGGUGAUGGUGAUGGUGAUGGUGAUGGUGAUGGUGAUGGUGAUGGUGAUGGUGAUGGUGAUGGUGAUGGUGAUGGUGAUGGUGAUGGUGAUGGUGAUGGUGAUGGUGAUGGUGAUGGUGAUGGUGAUGGUGAUGGUGAUGGUGAUGGUGAUGGUGAUGGUGAUGGUGAUGGUGAUGAUGGUGAUGGUGAUGGUGAUGGUGAUGGUGAUGGUGAUGGUGAUGGUGAUGGUGAUGGUGAUGGUGAUGGUGAUGAUGGUGAUGGUGAUGGUGAUGGUGAUGGUGAUGGUGGUGGUGGUGAUGGUGAUGGUGAUGGUGAUGGUGAUGGUGAUGGUGAUGGUGAUGGUGAUGGUGAUGGUGAUGGUGCCCGUGAUGGUGAUGGUGAUGGUGAUGGUGAUGGUGAUGGUGAUGGUGAUGGUGAUGGUCCCCGGUCGCCGCUACCCCGUGGACAUCUACUUCACGAAGGCCCCCGAGGCGGACUACAUCGAUGCGGCGGUGCAGGCGGUGAUGCGCAUUCACGUGCUGGAGCCGGAGGGGGACGUGCUGGUGUUCCUGACCGGGCAGGAGGAAAUUGAGGCGAUGGAGGAGCUUCUCCGCCAGCGCAUGCGCGGCAAGGGCACCCAGUUGGCGGAGAUGAUCAUCUGCCCCAUAUACGCCAACCUGCCCACGGAGCUCCAGGCCAAGAUAUUCGAACCCACCCCCCCUGGAGCCCGGAAGGUGGUGCUGGCCACUAACAUCGCGGAAACAUCCCUCACCAUUGACGGCAUUAAGGGCGAGCUGACCAAGCUGGGUCGGCGCAUGGCGGAGUUCCCGCUGGACCCCAUGCUUGCCAAGACACUGCUGGCGAGUGAGACGUACAAGGUUUCGGAGCAGAUUGCGACCGUCUGCGCCAUGGUCUCAGUGGGCUCAUCCAUAUUCUAUCGACCCAAGGACAAGGCGCUGUACGCGGAUAACGCCCACCGCAACUUCGCACGGGGGGGUGUGGGCGACCACAUGGCGCUGCUGGCGGUGUACGACGGGUGGGCGGAAUCCGGAUUCAGCACGCAGUGGUGCUAUGAGAACUACAUCCAGGUCCGGUCCAUGAAGCGAGCUCGCGACAUUCGGGACCAGCUCGUGGGCCUUAUGGAGCGUGUAGAGAUUGAGAUGGUGGGAGACCCGAUGGACCUGGACGGCAUCAAAAAGGCCCCCCAGCCGGCUCCGGGUUGGACGCACCAUAUCGGGCGUGUGAAAGCCGUUGCUUCGGGCUUCUUCUACCACACUGCGCAGCUGCGAAAGGACGGCAGCUACCGCACCGUCAAACACCCGAUGAUGGUCAACCUGCACCCCAGCUGCAGCCUCAACCCGCCUCGUCGGGAGGGGCAGCCGCUCAUCCAGUCGCUGCCGCGCUGGGUGGUGUACCACGAGCUGGUGCUCACCAGUAAGGCCUUCAUGCGCACCGUGAGCGAGAUUCAGCCGCAGUGGCUGGUGGAAAUCGCGCCGCACUACUACGACCGCAAGGACAUCCUUGAGGAGGGGGCCGGCAAGAAGGUGCCCAAGGCGGCCAAGGCCAGGGCGGCGCUGGAUGCAACGGCGGAGUGA